AUGGCUGAGAAGAACGAGUUUGGCGCAAUUCCACUGUUCCUGCAGGGUCGGGAUUUUAUUCUACAGCAGACGGUCGAUGAUCAUCCAGGGAAACGAGCGGCCAAAGUAGACGAUCUCGUGCAUGGCAAAGGACAUGAUGCCGGUGGCGAGGACGUCGUUCUGCAUGUAGGCGUACCAGGCCGCCCACAUCUGCUCGAAGACAUUGAGCUGGGGGUUUACGUCUCCGGCGGAGGGGAGAGCAGCGUUGUUGAAUUCCUGCAGGUACCGAAGGUUAACAAACGGCCAGCUCGACGGCGGACGGAGAGGGCUACCUACAUGACGGACAGGGCUCAGCGGGAGCCGGAAGAGAAGCCAGCAGCCAGCGGUGAAGACUCGGGCGUGUCCAGGGGAAUGAACCGGCAGAGAAGACUCUCUCGAUGGUCUUCGUUGUCAGUUUCUUCUCUUCUUCUUCUUCUUGUUGUUGAAGUUGAAGUUGAAGUUGAAGCUGAAAAAAGAUAA